CCGGAUUAGGGUUAAACUCUUUCACCACCACAAGGCCAUCUCUUUAUCAGGUGCCAAACUCAAAACCCACCAUUAUAUUAACAGUGGGGGAGUAAUGGGCACUCAAAUACCAACAAGCAAUGAUCGUUCAAGAACAUAUUGGACACCAACAAUGGAACGGUAUUUUAUUGAUCUUAUGUUAGAGCAGUUGCAUAGAGGGAAUAGGAUAGGCCAUACAUUCAACAAGCAGGCAUGGACAGACAUGCUUGCUGUUUUCAAUGCAAAAUUCGAGUCGCAGUAUGACAAAGAUGUGUUGAAAAGUCGUUAUACGAAUUUAUGGAAGCAGUUCAAUGAUGUAAAAGAGCUUCUUGGCCAGACUGGGUUUGCUUGGGAUGAAAAUCGAAAAAUGGUGGUGGCUGAUGAUGGUCUCUGGCAUGAUUACAUAAAGGUUCAUCCAGAUGCUCGAUCCUACAAGACUAAAGCAGUGUUGAAUUUUAAUGAUUUAUGUGUCAUAUAUGGAUAUACCAGUGCAGAUGGAAGAUACAGUCGAUCGAGUCAUGAUUUUGAUUUUGAUGAUCAAGUCCAAGGGGUAAACAUGGGUGAUCCAACGAGUAGCCUGUCAUCAAAUAGUGAGCGUCCAAGGACAGAGUGGACAGCUGCUAUGGACCAAUAUUUUGUUGAGCUUAUGCUGGACCAAAUGGGAAGAGGCAACAAGACUGACAAUACAUUUGCCAAACAAGCAUGGACAGAUAUGCUUUCCUCAUUCAACGCAAAGUUUGGUCCUCGCCAUGACAAAAGGAUUCUAAGACAUCGAUACAAGAAGUUAGCCAAGUACUACAGUGAUCUGAAGGUUAUUCUGCAACAAAAUGGCUUUUCUUGGGAUGUAACACAACAGAUGAUUGUUGCUGAUGAUGAUAAAGUUUGGGAUGCUUAUAUCAAGGCACAUCCACAUGCACGGACAUAUAGAAUGAAGACAUUGCCAAAUUACAAUGAUUUGGUCCUUAUUUAUGGGAAUGCAAGUGCAAAUGGUGUUCAAAGUAACUUCCAUGAGGACAAAGACCAUGAAGCUGACAUUUCCAGAAAGAAGGCUGAAGAAGGAAAGGGGAGCCAAUCCCUUGGCAGUAGUGAUCGUACAAGAACGUAUUGGACACCGCCAAUGGAUCGCUAUCUUAUUGAUUUAUUACUGGACCAAGUGCAUAGAGGAAAUAAAUUUGGACAGACAUUUAUAAGCCAGGCUUGGAUUGACAUGGCUGCAUCGUUCAAUGUCAAAUUUCAGUCGCACCAUGACAAAGAUGUUUUAAAAAACCGGUACAAGCAUUUAAGGCGUCUGUACAAUGAGAUAAAAAAUCUUCUUGAAAAUAGUGGGUUUUCAUGGGAUGAAACACGAGAAAUGAUAACAGCUAAAGAUCAUAUUUGGGAUGCUUAUAUCAAGGCACACCCUGAUGCUCGAUCAUACAGAGUUAAAACUGUGCCAGGUUAUCAGAAAUUGUGUGUUAUAGUUGGACAAGAAAAUUCUGGUGGAAGAUACAGCCGUUUGGCUCAAAGCAUAGAUGCUAAUGAGGAAAUGCCGGUUUUGAUGACUGUUGACCCUCUGACAGUAGAUUGGCAGCCAGAGAUGAACCGCUAUUUUGUUGACCUUAUGUUAGAGCAGGUGCAUGGAGGGAACAAGAUCGAUCAUACAUUCAAUGAACAAGCAUGGGCUCACAUGGUUAAAUUAUUUAAUGACAAAUUUGGACUUACAUGUGAUAAAUACAGUUUAGAGAAGCAUUAUGUCAGUUUGAUGAAAGAUUGCAACGAGAUUAGCAGUCUUCUCAGUCAUAGGGGGUUUGCAUGGGAUGGAACUCAGCAAAUGGUAACUGCUGAUGACGCUACUUGGGAAGAUCAUGUUAAGCAUGGAAUUUUGCAGGGACAUCCGGAAGCCAUAGCUUACAGAAACAAAGUACUAGACAGUUAUCUUGAUUUGUGCUUCAUCCAAAGAAAUGAAGUAUCAGAUGCAAGACUUGGCGAUCCAGGUCCACCAAUGCAAAAUGAAGAAACUGCAAUGAAAGUAGAAAUAGUGAUGGAUGGACUGCAGGGGAAUAUGCAAUUUCCAGUUGAGGACGUUGAAAUACCUGAUGCACAGAAAAAGCGGCCUGCUACAGUUGCUGAACUUUCUUGCAAGGCGCAGAAAAUUGGCAAGGAGAUGCGAUGCGUAGUUUCAGCAUUUGCAAACAAGAAAGAGAGCAAGAACCACAUGUCAAUAGAAAGUGCAAUAGAGACCCUUCAAACUAUUCCUAACAUAGACGAUGAGCUUUUGCUGGAUGCUUGUGAUCUUCUGGAAGAUGAGAGGAAGGCUAAGACAUUUUUGGCAUUGGAUGCAACACUGCGAAGGAAAUGGUUAUUAAGAAAACUGCGUCCGAAGGAGCCUCAAUAGUGAAACGUUGAUACUUGUAGCAGCUCGAACGUAUAGUUUGAAAAUGUAGAGAUACAAAUCAUGUAUUUAGUAUGUGUUUGGCAACGCGGUGCACCGUAGCCUUAGUUCC